GUUGAUAAGCCCAUGUGCGAAACGGGCAUCUACUGGAUUUCAUCCCGCCACGCAGGACGGGUGGCUGCGGCUCAAGUGACCUCCAACCAGUGUAGUGCUGCUCAAAACGCGCCACUCAGUGUGAGACGAACCAGACCGACAAGUACAAGUACAGCACGAGAGCCCGAGCUCGAGCGGCAACUGACCCUUCCCCGUCUUCUCCCCCAAUCCAUCACUCCGUGCUUUCUGGAACAAAAACAUCAGAGCAUCACAUUCCAACGCCUUUUACGACGGGAAUGCCCUUGGCCUAUACCUCACUGGCGUAAUAGCCAUGGACGGCAAGCCUGCCACGGAUCGGCUUGAUGCCUCUCGGCCCAAAGUUCAUCCUCUCGGGCCUCUCACAGCUCACGAAAUCACCCAAAGCGCUGACCUCAUCCGUGGAUGCUGGCCACAUGACAUUGACUGCCACUUCAAGGUCAUAACGCUCCUCGAGCCUGCCAAGGUUGAGCUCGCGCCGUACUUGGUUGCGGAACGGGCGGGCCGGGACCCUGGCAACAUCGAUCGGCGAGCAUUUGUCGUUUACUAUUUCAGGGGAACGCACAACCUUCACGAGGCGGUGGUCAACCUUACUACCAGCAAAGUCGAGUCGAAUGCCAGGCUCGGCCCGUUUAUGCAUGCCAAUGGCGAUGGGGAGGAGAUCAUUGCGGUGGAGAAGGCACUGCUGGCGCAUCCAGACGUCCAAGCUGAGAUCGCCAAGCUGAAGCUUCCCAAGGGGUCCGUUGUGGUUGCCGACCCUUGGAUAUACGGGUCCGACGGCAUCAAGGAUGGCAGCUUUUACGACGACAAGCGUGCCAUGCAAUGCUUCCUGUAUAUGCGCGAUCCCCGGAACCCUUCCGAGCUGGACAGUUGCCAUUACGCGUUUCCUCUACCCAUCUCGCCGGUUGUCGACCCAAAUACCCUGGAACUGAUUCGCAUUGACAUUUUGCCCACUGGCCUCGACGAGAAGGUCAAACCGCUUACACCCUGGCAGACGGCGCCUCCCAGCGAAUACAUCCCCGAAGCUCAAACACUGCGUACUGACCUCAAACCCUUGCGGGUUGUGCAGCCCGAGGGUGCCUCCUUCACUGUCGAGAACUUCUCGGAGCUGGGUCGUCUGAUCCGCUGGCAGAAAUGGGACUUCAAGGUCGGCUUUAACCAACGGGAGGGCAUGGUCUUGUACGACGUCCACUACGACAACAAACCCCUCUUUUACCGACUCAGCCUGUCCGACAUGGCCAUCCCUUACGCCGACCCACGGCAUCCUUUCCACCGGAAAGCCGCCUUUGACCUUGGCGAUGCUGGGGCCGGCAUCAUGGCCAACAACCUGCAACUUGGCUGCGACUGUCUCGGCAGCAUCUACUACAUAGGGGGCAUCCUGGCCGACAGCUACGGGAAGCCGGUCAACAUGCCGAAUGUGAUCUGCGUCCACGAGCAGGAUGCCGGGAUUCUGUGGAAGCACACCAACUACCGGACCAACCGGGCUGUUGUGGUCCGAAACCGCGAGCUGGUGCUGCAAACAAUCCUGACGGUCAGUAACUACGAGUAUAUUUUGUCGUUUAUCUUCAACACGGCAGGCGACCUCACGUACGAGGCACGGGCAACGGGCAUCCUCUCGACCCAGCCUCUCGACCUCGACCUGACCAUGACGCCACACCCGUUCGGCACGGUGGUACAUCCCGGGGUCCUCGGGGGAUUCCAUCAGCAUUUCUUCAGCCUUCGCAUCGACCCCAUGGUGGCAGGCCACGGCAACACGGUCGUGUACGACGAGGCCGUUGCCAUUCCACGAGACCCCGAACUCAACCCACAUGGCGUGGGAUAUACGGUGCGCAGAACCGAGGUACAAAGCUCGGGCGGGUACGACCUGGACCCAAGCACAAAUCGCAGCUUCAAAGUCAUCAACCCGGCGGUCCGCAACGCCGUCAACGGCGCAGCGGUCGGUUACAAGGUUAUGGUGCCGCCCAUGCAGGCGAUCCUGGCCGACGCCGACAGCUUCCACCACAAGCGAGCCGAGUUCGCCGACCACAGCAUUUACGUCACACGGUAUGCUGAAGGUGAGCUGUAUGCUGGCGGCCUCUACACGAAUCAGAGUCGGGGCGGGACUGGGGUGCGCAGCUGGGCCGAGAGAAAAGACAGUCUGGCGGAGGGGGAUCCGGUCGUCUGGGUCCAGUUUGGCAUCAACCACAUCCCCCGCGUGGAGGACUUCCCCGUCAUGCCCGUCGAAACACUGCGUGUCAUGCUGAGACCCGUCAACUUCUUCGACCGGAACCCGGCUCUCGACGUGCCGCCUAGCGAGCAGGAAACGAACUGCAGCGUCAACCUGAAUGGAGCGAACGGUAGUGUCGAAGCGAGGCUGGAAAGAAUGACGCUUGGUGGUGAGGAUGGGCAGAUGAGGUAUUCUUGCGCUUCUCAUGGAGGUGUCUGAUAAACUCUGAUCCCAGCGAUGCGAGCACGUAAGCGAGCCAGAAGUAUCAUGACGUUGUAUUUGGUGGUUGAGUAUGAUCAAGUACCAUGGAAUGAUAUUGCAUGCAGCAUUCUGGUAAAAUGUGAAACCGCAGGUGUACAAUAGGGAGUGAAGUUCAUCGGAUCGCUUCAAUUCAGUGGUUUGGCUUUUCGAU